UGUUCAGAUUGCGCGCAUGGGACAAGGUUGCUUUAAAUCGCAUGUUAUGUGUUUACGUUUUACGGACGGUUGUGCAACAUUUCGGCCAUCAAAAUGCCUGUUUCCUGCCGUCUCUGUGGUGGAUCUGCAAUUUUGAAAAGGCCCAAAACGGGUGAUGCUUUGUGUAAGGACUGUUUCUUCAGUGCCUUUGAGGCAGAGAUACAUCAGACCAUAUUGGACGCAGAGUUAUUCAAGAAAGGCGAGAGGGUGGCAGUCGGCGCAUCGGGUGGAAAAGACUCGACAGUCUUAGCCUACAUCAUGAAGUUACUGAAUGAGAGACAUGACUACGGUUUGGACAUCGUGUUGCUGUCAGUGGAUGAGGGAAUAACAGGCUACAGGGACGAUUCGCUGGAGACUGUGAAGAGAAAUCAGAUGCAGUAUGACUUGCCACUGAAAAUCGUUUCUUACGAGGAGUUGUAUGGUUGGACCAUGGACGCUAUCGUCAAGCAGAUUGGGCUCAAGAGCAACUGUACAUUUUGCGGCGUCUUCAGACGACAGGCGCUGGAUCGUGGCGCCUUACUCGUCAAGGCAGACAAGAUAGUUACGGGGCACAAUGCUGACGAUAUAGCAGAAACUGUUAUUAUGAAUGUUCUCAGAGGCGACGUGGCAAGAUUACGUAGAUGUACAGCAAUAACAACUGGAGCAGACGGGGCGCUACCAAGAUGUAAGCCCUUCAAGUACACGUAUGAAAAAGAAAUAGUCAUGUAUGCAUAUUUUAAGAAGUUAGACUACUUCUCGACUGAGUGUAUAUAUUCACCCAACGCGUACAGAGGCCACGCCAGAACGUAUCUCAAAGACCUAGAAAAGAUCAGACCUAGCUCAAUCAUAGACAUCAUCCAUUCCGGUGAGAGUCUCUCCAUCAAGAAGGACGUCAAGAUGCCGACGCAAGGAACUUGCACUCGCUGUGGUUACAUCUCCAGUCGUCCGCUCUGUAAAGCCUGCGUGCUGCUUGAGGGCUUGAACAAAGGCCUGCCAAAACUCGGUAUCGGAAAGGAACACAAGGAACGAAAGAAGUUGGCAUUGCUUCAGGCCCAAAGUUUUAACCAGACAAUUGAGCCAGCGACAAGUGCUAAUGUAACGACGGAGAGUUCAACACCAUCUUCUUCAAGUAUAGCUGGAGCUAACACAGUGCCCCAGAGAAUAGAUUUUUAAUUCAAACUACAUGUACAUUGUGUAUUUAUUUUUGUAAUAUUUAAGCCUUUAAAGCUAAAAUGUGAGGCGUCAGUUUACAAAAUUUUAUGCAAGUUGUCAACCAAAUGGUUCUCGGACUUUACUUUUCAUUAAAAAUUCUGGUGGAGUCAUGUAUUAAAUAUAGAAAUGAAAACUUGACUUCACCAGCUGUUUUAUAGGCGAGUUUAAAACAGAGGAGAUUGUGUAGUAAUGGCCCUGUCCCAAUGAGAACAAAAAUCCUGCUUUAUUAUUGGACUCGGCCAAGUUGUUAGCAGUGGCCAAGUUCGGGCAAGGACCAUUAGUCGACUAGUGGUUGAUUUGUGACGUACCUUACGCCUGCGCACUGAUAGCAACGUGCGAACGUCUCUAGUCAAAUGCUGGUCAAAAUGUCAUCACAAAACUUCUGGAUCCUGGCUCUCUGCUAGCGAUAUGAAUGCACACGGCUAUUGGUUACCAGCGAAGCAACCAACCCCAGUAGGCUGGUUCCAAAUAGUCGACUAGCGUAGUCAACCACCGUCGACUAGACAGAGUUCGGGCAAACGUUAGUUAACCAUUGGUCAACUAUAGUCCUUGCGCGAACUUGGCCAGUGUUUAAACCUUCAGGAAUGUAGCAGAUGGAGGGCAGGGUUUUGAUUUUUUUUUAAGGAAAUUUUGGGGUAAUUGACGAUGCAGAUGACAAAACCCAAUUUGAUAAUAUAAAUGGUUGCUUCAGGUUGCUGAAGUAAGUUUGGAAUGAAAAAAAAAAAAACCAAGUCAAAGGACCAAAAAGGUCCUGUGUACAAACUACAAAAUGGCCAACAUAGAGGGGCCCUACAAGUAACUACUUCCCAAAAACUCACCUUAAUUUCUGAAGAACAAAAUAUCUCUGUCGAAGUCUUGUCCUCUGAUCUGCUCUGCUGUCAAAACCACGCCGCCAUUAAGUAAAUGGCCACACCCAACAACAGGCACACACUUUUAUACCUAUCCCAGCUUGGCUGGUUCCCAAACCUACACUAUGAUGUUACAAUGUGAUUUUAAAAAGCAGUACCGGUAUGCAAAUGAGGGGUGUUGGCCAUUUUUAGGAAAACUCAAGAAAUUUGGGGAUAAAGCUGUGUUUAUGCAAUGUAGGAAAAGUUAAAAUAAUUAUCACUGAAUUUUAAACGGAGAACGUGGGAACAGAAAUAAACCACCUUGGUAAAAUCAAA